CCUGCUCUACCAAUUGACUUUUUAUCAGAUGACCUCGCAUAGAUCUAAUCCCUAAGUCUCCACAUGUGUCUGUGACUACAUGCAUAUUCCACAAUAAACUUUACAAUGCUAAGAAUGUUAGACAGGCAUGUAAUGCUUUUUGCACUGUGUGCGGCGCAACUUGUCUCAUCUGGGUACCAGGAAGUUUGACAGAUAUCCAGACUGGAUUAGCUCGCAUAAUAUUUCUACUCGCCACACAUCAUUGUUAUUAUGAAUAGCAACUUUGUUUCUGUAUUUCUUUCUGCAUCAGGAAAUGGAGUAUGAAAAACAAAAGUGCCCUGCCCAUACAAAAGUGAACUUAAAAAACAAAUCUAUCAGACACUUUGUACAGGGUUUCUCGUAUGCAUGUGUAAAUUGUACAGUGUGGUUGACGUGGACGUUGAUGUAGCCGUGGUGCAGUUGAGAUAUUGCUUUGUCAUAAAAGGUUGCAAAACAAAACUUUUUAAGUUCCAUCAUGAAUGGAGAGGACAACACAAGGUCACGGGGUCGACUUAUCGAGGGGUCAGAGGUCAGCCAAUCCCCACGUCGCAGUCUGCGGUCAAAGUCUGGAAGCCCCGUAAUUCUUCGCAAGGCAGCUGACGAACAUUCGGAGAAUCGUUCACCGAGAAAACACAUUGCUCAUUUAUCCAGCGAACAUUCAGAUGUUAUUGUGAACGGCUCGUCGUUGGACGCCCCAGUCAAGGGACGCAGCAGGCUUGCUGAGCUCCGAGAGGCCGUGACCAGAUCCCCCAGCAGAGACCAGACUAGCCGGGACCAAAGCAUCAUGGUCAGGGAGGCGACAGAAAACGAAGACAGGCCAAGAAGGACGCGGGCGACUGGACCAGCAGAUCCAGUACCAGAGCAUACAGGGUGUCCCACACCAGGCUGUGACGGAUCAGGACACACCAAUGGCAAAUUCUCUAAACACAGAACACUUGUUAGUUGUCCUGUAGCAUCCAAGAAGCGAAAACUUGGCUCCAAGCCCACUUCACCUGAGCCCCAGCGCAAGGCAAAGCGGUCGCGACGCCGUGGUGGUGGGGGCAACAACACCACCAGCAACCAAGAGGAAGUUGACGAUGAAGUCAUCAUCAACAACAGACCAGCCACGAGGGGUGCGACAGCAGCAACAGACCCAGAGGACGAGAACUCGGUGUCAUCAUUAGAUGAUGACCCGCAGUCCAAAUGUAGCCGGCGGGCCAUCGUCAACCUCCAGAAGCUCCUGGACAAUGUGACGGCCGAGAUCGAUCAGGAGAAGAAGGGGGAAGAAGGGGUGGAGCCGACCAAGAAACCAGCAGAGGCAGAGGUGGAGGCAGAGGAUGAGGAAGAAACCCUGCCUGAUGAAGAGGAAGAGAUGAAGGAUGCGGUCAGCAAGGAGACGGAGACAGAAAAAGAUGAGGAGUUGGAAGAAGAUGCUGUCGAGGAUGCCGAGGAAAAAGAGGAAGUGGAGGAGGAUGCAGAUGCUGAAGACGAUGAAGAGGAAGAAGAUGAGGAAGAAGAAGCGAUGGAAGACGAUGAAGUCCAAUUGAACCUCUACAACUUUAAGAACAUCAGCACCUCUGUCGGGACAGAGGACCAGGACGAUGAAGAAGUCUGCACACCUCCUAAGCUUCACAAGGAACUGGCCUUUCUCAACCAGGAGGUAUCUGUUCUGCAGGGCACUGCUGAAUUGUCAAAGAGCUCCUCUGCUCCUGACGGUCUUGAAGCAAAAGACGGCCACUUGGACACCAUGGAUAAGGAUGCUGGGGAUGCCACAGGCACCGAGAUGCCCACAGAGAACAGCGAAGAUGAUGCAGACGACGACGAAGAUCAAAUCCUAGAGCUGGUAGGGGAGGAAUCAGGAGAUGACGAUGCCUUCUCCUCAGUCCCUCCCAAGCCCAAGGAGGCAGGCGACGAAGACGAUGAUGACUACAACAUUGCCAUGCCGCAGCUGCCAAAGCAUCUCCGUCUCAUGAGUGAGCAGCUCUCCCAGGAGCUUGAGGAAGAAACCAAGAAGCACCAGUCUGAUGAGAGCAUCCCUCAUCAGGAGGAAAUCCCAGAAGAAGAACCUCCUCAGCCAGUUGACCAACUUAUCCCGGCCAUCACCACAGACCAAAACGCUGAAGCUGUUCAGGCAGAGAGCAGCGAACAGACUGAAAUUGAGGAUGCCCCAGCAGAGGCUUCACAGAUCGAGACGGGAGAGCCUCCAGAGUUGCAAGAAGAGCUCCCAGAAGUCAUGGAGGAGACGAACAAAGAGCCUCCCAUAGAUGAGGUCCCAACGGAGGAUGGAGAUGCCCUCCUGAGUGAAUCCAUGGCAGUCCCAGACGAGCCCCUGGUCAUCGAUGACAAAUCUGUCAGCCCAGCAGAGGAGGACAAAGAGAACACAGCAAUCCCGCCAACUAUCGGGGCCCUCCUCUCGGCCGAGCCCAGAGUCUCCUUCCCCACCAUGUCAAAGAUGCUGACCAUACCCGUCAUCAAAACUGAGCCUUUGGACAUCUCAGCAUCUGGCCAGACGUCGUCAAUCGGGCUGGCGUCAUCUGGAAUGGCAUCAGCCAUGUCGCAGAUGAAAGAGGCCAUGAGGAACGUAUCUAGUGCCCCGAUGACUUCGAUGCUGCUUGCUGAUGGCACCCCAGUGACAACGAUGUUGGCACCCACAUCAUCAUUGACGAAAGACUUUCUCGAGGGCUGCAAGUGCCCUACCCCGGGCUGCGAUGGAACAGGCCAUGUCACCGGACUGUACCACCAUCAUCGCAGUCUUUCUGGAUGUCCACACAGAGAUAAGAUUCCUCAGCAACUACUGCAGAUGCACGAACACGUCCUGAACAGAUGCCCGACACCGGGCUGCACAGGACGGGGGCAUGUCAAUAGCAACAGGAACUCCCACAGGAGUUUAUCCGGUUGUCCGAUCGCCGCUGCCGAGAAGCACACCGGGGUCAAGCUGCCGCAGCAGCAGCAACCCCAGCAGCAGCCUGGCGAUCCCAUGAACCGGUUUGAAGGCAUGCCCCACGUCGCAACCAGCCGCUCGGACCACAUGGUGGCAGACAUGCUCAACAGACCAGUGUGCUACGUAAAGCAGAUGGACAGUGGCUACCAGGCAUUCAACAACUCGGCACCCCGCCCAAGCUUGCCAGGGGACGUCCGCUUCAGCAAACCGGAUGGCGUGUUGCCCUUUGAAACCAAGGUGGCCUACAACACGGGCCACAAGCGCAUCGCCCCCAAGAUCAUCACGGCCAGUGACCUGAGCCCGCCGGUCAAGAAGAAGCUCCAGGCUGGAGAUUACGACCCCAACGACUGCACCAUCGAUUCCACCUCGGCCCGCAUGGCAGCCACUGCCCUCAACUUGUCCAUCAAGGCCCCUCAACUGGCUCCGGGGCAGCUGACCAUCCCCAUGCAGAUGCCUCCCCCGUCCCAUCCCCACUUAACCCCACAGAACGCCCACCAACACCCCCACUCACACCCCCAGCAGCAUCACUCCCAGCAGCAUCACCCCCAGCAGCAUCACCCCCAAGCCCUGACCACCCCUCCUACCCAAAUCUCGCAGCGUCCCCUUGAAACAGUCAAAGUGGACAGCAACGGCACCUUGGACCUCAGCAUGAAGUCUAGCAAGUCAUCGGAAGUGGCUUCCAACACCCAUGCAUCCAGUCAAAGUGUCCCGUCCCCGGCCUCGGUCCAAUCAGCAGCCAAUGGGCUGAUCCAGCUCAGUGUACCCCAGCCCGGGGUCCAGAACCCCGUCCCCUCUUUCAUCACCACAGCGCCCACCAUCCUUCAGAUCCCCCGGAGCUACGGCGAGCAGCCCAUGGACUUCUCUACCAGCAUGAGCAAGCCCCAGAAAGCCAUCAAGGCUCCCAGUAUUGCUGUGUCCUGCUUCCCAACCAGCCUGACCACCAGUUCCUCCAUCACUGUCGCAGCCAUGCUCAAGACCAGCAAUCCUGAUUACGAUGAUCCCAGUAGUGGUGCGUUCAUGCAAUUUAACAAACCCCGCAAAAUCAAGGGCAGUCUGGACGGGAAACGCGAGCAUCUCAGUUGUCCCACCCCCGGCUGCGAUGGAUCGGGCCACGCGACUGGAAAUUACGCCUCCCAUAGAAGUAUAUCAGGGUGCCCCAUGGCUGACAAAUCUGCCAUUGUUCAAUCCACUCAGGAGCUUAAGUGCCCAACACCAGGUUGUGACGGCUCAGGCCACAUCACAGGCAACUACACCUCCCAUCGUAGCCUGUCAGGCUGCCCCCGGGCCAAGAAGCGCAGCGCCAUGUAUGCCGCGCAGAAGGCGCAGGCCCAGGCUGAGGCAAGCAAUGAGGAGAACCCAGACGACCCCAUGAUGAGACUUCCCCUCCCCCUUUCUUUUAUUAACCCUCCCGGAACUGUUAACGAUUACCAGUGGAGUGUGGCAGAGCUUGGCAGGUGUCCGGUUCCCAACUGUGACGGCUCGGGUCAUCUGACGGGCAAGUACGCCUCGCAUCGCAGCGCCUCGGGUUGCCCCAACGCCUCCAAGGUCUAUCACAACUACUUACGGGAGGGAUUUGUCGGCAGCGAGCAUCCAGCCUCGCCUAGCGCCAUCGCGCCAAAGCCCGUGAAGAUGGAGCCCCAGAAUUUGUCUAGUUGUCCGAUACCUGGUUGUGAUGGCUCGGGCCACUGUAACGGUAACUUCUCCUCUCACCGUAGCCUGUCGGGAUGCCCCAAGGCCACCAGCGUCAUGAAGAAAGCCAGGCUGAAGGAGGAGGAAAUCACUGCCAUCUCGAUCAAAGCGGCACAAGGCAUUGAGAAUGACGAGGACAUCCGUGCCCUGGACACAGAGAUCACAGAGCUACAGCACAGCAAUUGCCAGAUGGAGUCACAGAUGAUCAAGCUACGAACCCAGAUCACCUCCAUGGAAGGCAAGCUACACACGGCAGAGAAAGAGCACAACGCCAUGGAGGAGAAGCACCGGACGCUGACCCACCAGCUGGAGGAGUUGCGCAACACCCUCAUCAAGCACCUGUCGGAUGUCCAGAGCCAGACCGCCUCGGUCCCGCAACAAGCGGCCGCCCAGCUGCCCCCUCCUGCCUCGGGGACUGCAGCUCGGUCCGGACUGAGCCGGGAGAACAUUGAGGCUUUCUUGACCACCUUGGAGACAACCGCCACGGGGGGAGGCAGCGAGGAUCGGCCGGAGACCCCACCUGAAGAAGACAGUGCCCCGAUGGAGUUUGAGGCUCCUGAGGCUGCCACGGCAAAAACGGUGGCAGUGGUGGGAUCGGCGACAGUCAACACCAUUGCUGUGUCUGCUACGUAGACAUGGCAUCUAGUGAACAAACCAUCCAUCACAAGCAGAUGUGGUUAGGCUGAGAUAAACACCCCUGACUUGUUCCAGGACUGUCGGGAUUCAUUUUACUUAAGAUUAUGCUCAUGGAAAUCUGAUACUCUAGAAGAGUUCCCAGAUCCGUACAAAGGAUGUACAACCCCAGUUGUAUACCCAACAUAGUGUACUCGGCCACAUAUAUGCAUAAGCUUGAUAGUGAUAAUACUUGUUUCAUUUACAUACAUGAAUAUCAUUUACACAGAAGAUCAAACUCUCCAGAAUCAUUCAAAUAACUGCAAGUGAUGUUUUUGUGAUUUUAAUUUAAAAAGGAUACAGCAAACUGUUACUGUAUCAGCCAAAGUGAAAAGUCUUUCACUUAAAAUGUAACUCAAAACCCUUCAAGGAAUUCUGGUAAUUUUGGGAUUCUUGAAAAUUCUUUUUUCCAUGCAAUCGGGAAAAAGGCAAUACGACUGUGUUUCACUGUGUGAUUUAGUGCAAUCAUUGAAGUUCCACAGAAUGUUGCAAGUUUUUCAGAUCCACCAAGUUCCCCACGGGUAACAAAUCGUUUGGAUUAAAAACUCUAGCUGAACCUAAUUGACCUCCUACUCGAAUAUUCAUAGCUCACAAUGACCCUUGACCUAUGAAGUCUCCAACCCACAGUAAUAAGUUACUCUGAUGCAGACCAUGAUUUUUGUGAAUGCUGAGUAUUAGAAUGUUCUUUGUUUUUCUAGGUUUUAAUUAUUUUUUCUACACAAAAAAAAACAUAAUUUGUACGUUCAUAACAAGUCCAAACAAUGUGUGCUUGUAAAUAGAAAGAUGUUUUUGUUCUUUCGUUUGUCAGGGUGUAAAAAAAAGUUGGACAUUUUCUGUCUAUGAAAAUAUAACUUUUCGACGUAUUCCUUUUCUGCCUAUUUCGAAAAUGCAGAUGUGUGCAUGCCCUUCAAAGAAGUAUAAAUUUUGCUUUGAUUUUUUGAGGAUAUUGAAAUUAAAUUUGAAAUUCACUUACAAGUUAGUCUUUAGGUAUUGGGAGGGGGGGAUAUUUUACACAGGGCAAAAACCAGUACUAAAUGAAAAGAAAAGUUGGGGAAAAAUCCUUUUAAAUAAAAAGGACACAAGCAGUAUAACUGUCUGUUGCUCAAGAAAAGCUUUUCCAAUUGCUGUUCGGUUUCCAGUCAACGUGCGGAGUACCAGCCAGAUCUGACCAAUCAGAUGGAGGGUAUUAUAAAUAAUUAUGACUUUGAUUUCUUUUAGCUUGUCUGGCAUUGGCUAGUCAAAAAAAAAAAA